AUGCUCUCAGCCUAUUCUUCUUCUUCUUCUUCCCAUACUCUUUACACCACCUUCAUUUUCCUUCUCCUUGCCAAUGAUACUUUUGCAACCACGUUUACACUAGUGAACAAGUGCGAGUACACAAUCUGGCCCGGAAUCCUAUCCAACUCCGGCGUCUCGAGCCUCGGCACCACGGGCUUCGAGCUCGGCCCGCACGACUCCAGAUCCUUCCAGGCCCAACCGGGCUGGUCUGGGCGGUUUUGGGCUCGGACAGGCUGCUCGUUCGACACCUCCACCGGGCAGGGCCAGUGCCUGACUGGCGACUGCGGGUCGGGCCAGGUCGAGUGCGGCGGAUCGGGAGCGGCUCCGCCCGCCACCCUGGCAGAGUUCACGGUGGGCUCCGGCGGGCCGGACUUCUACGACGUGAGCCUGGUCGACGGGUACAAUCUGCCGGUGGUGGUGGAGCCGGCGGGUGGGUCGGGCCAGUGCGGGCUGACCGGGUGCGCCGCGGAUUUGGGCCGGUCCUGCCCGGAGGAGCUGCGGGCGGGCGGCGGGCGGGGAUGCCGGAGCGCGUGCGAGGCGUUUGGGUCGCCGGAGUACUGCUGCCGGGGGGAGUACGGGUCGCCGGAGACGUGCCGGCCGACGGCGUACUCGGAGGCGUUCAAGAGCGCCUGCCCGAGGGCGUACAGCUACGCGUAUGAUGACGCGUCGAGUACUUUCACGUGUAGUGGGGCGGACUAUACCAUUGUGUUCUGCCCCUCGCGCACUAGCUUGAAAUCUUCAAGAGACUCUUUAUCGUCCCAAAGUCGGCAGGAGGCCGCCAGUGGCACGGUGGACAACUCAAAUUCUCCGGCGGAAGAUGAUUUUCUGUCGUGGCUACCAGAUUUUGGCUCGGGAUCCUCAUCAAAAUCAAAUUAUUUCAUAACUUUUGGGUCGAUAAUUUUUCUUUUAUUUUUAUUUCUUUAA